GUUAUAAGGAAGAUUCCACUCGACAAGGUUAAGGUUUAAAAGUUAAUUCUAGAUAACGCGUUUUAUUGAAAUUAAGGUUUGUUAGGACUAGUUAAGUAGCUGUCAUAGUUUUGUACCAUAUUUUUAUUAAUUCCUUUGUUUUGCACGUUUUCUACACAAUCCAAUAAAUCGCAACCAUGUCAGUUACCACAAUGAACGAACCUCCUAGAAUUUACUAUGAAGAAGAAAGUCAAUCCGACAAACUUCUCAGGAAAUCUAAAGAAACACCCGUUUUUCCAAUUGCUAUUGGGGUGUGUGCUGCAGCAGUAGGAUAUGGAAUUUAUGCCUAUAAAAAUAAAGGAAAAAUGAGUACAAGUGUAUACCUAAUGCACCUUCGAGUCGGAGCCCAAGGGGCGGCAGUAGGAUCUUUAACACUAGGUUUGAUAUACACAAUGAUCAAUCGACAUUUCACGAAGAAACCGUCAGAAUAGUUUGCUUUAGCAAAUAAUUAAUGCGCUCUUAAUGCUGUACAAUGUAAUCUGAAAAGUAUUAUAAAUUAUCAUUUUUAACAAUGUAGUAAACUAGGAAUUAAUUAUAAAAAAGAUCAGUUUUCAGAAAAGAUCUAUAUUGUUUAUGAACAAGUCUAUAAAUUCUAUUAAAUAUAUAUUUAAAGGAAAAAAUGUUGAUCUUUAGCGAAUAAAAAUGUAAUUAUUAUAAAAAUAUAAUAUCAAAAUUAUUUUUUGUAGGGCUACUGUUUAUAUUUUUAGUACUUUUUUCUUAAGCUGACAUAAAUAUACUAAAUAAUAUCAAAGGAAGAUCUUACACAUCUGGAAACUUCUAUUAUUUAUUUUUUUGUGAUUAUUUUUGCUCAAAUACUGUUUAAUAGGGAGUAAAGGAAACUGAGAAAAUGAAAACUUCAGAGAUCUCGAUAGGCUGGUCAUGUAUUGAGCAUGGAGGCCACAGAUUGUCGAAAAGAACCCUGCAGGGGGAAUAAUAUAGAGAAUAACCUAGAAUCGCAAGACCAAAAAGAAGGCUGCGGUAAACGUGGGAGGAUGAUGUGGCAGAGGACAAAAUUUGCUAGACGUGAGAACUUUGAGAAGUACGGCACUAGCCCGGCAAUAUUGGAGGCAAACUGUUCUUGCUAACCUUCAUCGCCGUUUUCCUCAUUACUUUCAGUUGUUCAUUUUUAUCUUUAGAAGUAUAUCUGCAGCGGUGUCGAGUUCCAGAGUUACUGGAUGGUUGAGGCUGUGUUCCUCUUUCUUUGUUUGUUCCUAGCCCGUUCUUGUCCCAAGAGAAACUAGAGAACGGAUGGUCACUCCCGCAGAGUCUUCUACGCGGUGAGUAGACUAAUAAACUUUAGGUGUCACAUGAUAGCCGGAGUUAAGUCAUCCUUAGCUUCCACUCGGUCGUGUUCACCCCACUUAAUUGGCGGCCACAACCGAAUAUGAAAAGCCCUCUAUCACGACAAAGUCUCACAGCUCUCGAAAGUUGUAGCUGAAGUUGAUUCAUUACUAGAAACUUUUACAGUUCAUAAAGAUGAAAUAAUAUGCAGUUUUUAAUGAAAUAUCCGAAAUAUGAUAUACAUAUAUAAAACUGUAAGUUAUUUUACUCUGGUACUAACAACGACCGAUAUAAUCAUAUGAUAUUCACCGAACUCAGCUCCAACAAACUAGUAAAUUUAGUAAUUAAUUUUUUGCAAUGUUGGACAAAGUUUGAGAUGAACUAGAAUUUGUUGGAAGUUAUUAUACAACCAGGCGCAGGUGUUUUUUUUUAGUAUACAACCAGUAAUUGUAACUUAAAAGUAAAAGGUUUAAAUGUUUAUGUUUUGUAUUGUGUGAACGAUUUCCAAAGUGGAAAUCUAAACAUCAAAAGAAAUGUAUUUUAAACUCAAGUUGUGGUUAAUUCUCAAUAAAGCUAAUAAAGCACUUUAAUGAUGUUGAAAGCAUUGUAUUAAAAAUACUAUUGGAAAGAAACAUUUUGGUUGGUGUGCUAUGAACUUAUGCGCAAAAUUAUAAACUCAAGUGGUUGUAUGAUAAUUGUUAAUAGACUUAGGGAUGUACAGCUUGCCAAUUUAUUUAAAUGUAUAACUUUAAUAAAAAAAAAAAACGCUUUACCUCAUGUUUUAUGAAUGUAACUUCGUUAUUGUAAUCUGUGAUAUACCUAUUAAAAACCAACUGACAGUUACAUUGAAGUUAAAAAUGACCUUUUAUAAUUAUUAACAGAAACACUGUAUUAAAAUUACAAAGAUUAUGUACGUUUAUAGUAGUUGUUAAAGUUACUUUAAAUUAAUUUAUUUUUAAAAUAUAUGAUUUACUUUGCUAU